AUGACCACAGACCACCCUGUUUUGGCUGAAAUCAAGCAAUCCUUCGCCUUUCUGGAGAAGGCCGUCGCCUCCUUCGACCAGCGAUUCGUCCUGCGAGUCCUACGAGGUCUGCCUGCUCUACGAAAAAAGCUCACUCCAGAAUUGCUGGCACAAAUCGCCGUCAUGACCUACCCUGCUGGCGAUGAGCGAAGAAGCGGGUUUGUUGCUCUGGCUGGAGUCAACCCCAACACCGACGAAAUGGAGGUUGAUGGAGCCUCUGGCGCCACUGAGGCCACCACCCAGCCUCUACCAGAGAUCGACAUGUACGUUUCACUGCUGUUCCAGGCCUGGCUGCUCCACGAGAACCGAAUUGACGACUUGCGGAAACUCAGCGAGCACGUGGUGGCUAGAUUGAGAACCUAUAACCGACGAUCGCUCGACUACCUUGCCUCCAAGAUCUGGUUCUACCUGUGUCGAGGUGAGGAGCUCAGUGGCAACCUCGAGGCUGUCCGACCCAUCCUGCUGGCAUCUCUGCGAACUGCCUCUCUCCGACAUGACCCCGAGACUGAGGCCUCGCUGAUCACCCUGCUGCUGCGAAACUACCUGCUCUGUGCACAUGUGACCCAGGCCUCUAACCUCGUGUCCAAGGUCAACUUCCCCGAAAACGCCGCCAACGCUCUGGCCGCUCGUUACAUGUACUAUCUGUCCAAAAUCAGAGCAAUCGAGCUUGACUACACAGCUGCCCACGCCCACAUCACUGGAGCCAUCCGAAAGGCGCCUCAGACCCCUCUGGCUGCCGGCUUCCUGCAAGCCGCACAAAAACUCAACAUUGUGAUCGAACUGCUGAUGGGCGACAUUCCCGAACGAAGCGUGUUCAAGAGCGGACGGGAGCAGAGCCUCAAGGCUUACUUCGAGGUGGUCAAGGCUGUGCGAGUCGGUGAUCUCAACCAGUUUGCUGACACAAUCAAAAAGUAUGCAUCCGUGUUCAAGGCCGAUGGUACCUACUCCCUGGUUCUGCGUCUGCGACAGAAUGUCAUCAAGACCGGUAUCAGAAUCAUGUCUCUGGCAUAUUCACGAAUCUCUCUUAAGGAUAUUUGUAUCCGUCUGAGACUCGAGUCGGAGGAGUCUGCAGAGUACAUUGUGGCCAAGGCCAUUCGAGAUGGUGUCAUUGAAGCCACCAUCGACUCGGAGCGAGGAUUCAUGCAAUCUAAGGAGGUGCUGGACGUGUACUCUACUAACGAGCCUCAGCAGACCUUCCACGACCGAAUUGCCUUCUGCAUCGGUCUCCACAACGACAGUGUGAAGGCCAUGCGGUACCCCAUGAACUCCAACCGAAUUGAUCUGAAGAAUGCUGACGAGGCUCGUGAGCGAGAGCGGGAGCUGGUCAAGGAGAUUGAGGAGGGCGAGUUGGACGACGAUGACGACGAGGAUUUUGAUCUUUAG